AUGCGGCCGCUGCCUCCUCCAGUGCGAGGGAAACGAGGGCGGACCGGGGCACGGCAGCGGUUCCGCGAACGAGCGCAGACUCCGGGCGCACCGGCCCCCCUGUCCAGGACACAGCGACCUCGGUCCCCCCCAAACACUCCUCUAGACUGCCAGAUUCGCAGCUCUGGGCGGCAGCGCCACACAAAAAAACUGACAGAAAUCCGUAAACGGCCCUCUCUAAGGCCCCAGGCAGCCGAGCCGCCGCCGCCACCGUGCCGCGGCCAGUCCUGCUCCGUCUCCCUCCUCCGGCAGCGGCGGCGCGCCGCGCGUCUCCUUCCGCCGGCGCGGGCGGGGCAGGAGCCGCGGGAGGGUCGGCGGAACCACCGCAGACUGAAAGUAGUGCCCGGCCCGACGACGGCUGCGGCUCCGGGACCAAGAAAUGAAGAGGGCCGCGUGGAAGUCAGCGACAGCUACACCAAGCUUUUGGGGGUCUACCUUUCUAUUCGUUGCUCCCUCAGAGGUGGAGGUGAAGGGAAAGUGAAGUGUAGAGGUUCCACUUGGAUCACAAAAUAAACUCCAGGGCUGACGCCUCACCGCCGGCGCGAUGCUGCUCAGAGCACACAGCGCCCGCCGCCUGAGUUAGCGUGAAUUAGCAGUACCAGCGGCAGAGCAGGACAACACUUACACUGAAAUCUAAGUCCCAAAGUCACAGCAGAACCAACUGUUCAUGACUUCAAGGGAAAACGAAGGGGAAUUGUCAUCCUUUCAUUCUUGUCAUCUGCGGCGAUACCAAUUACAUGUUUAAGCUAUUCAGAGAUU